GCCAGGCUUUUCAGUUGAGCUACGUUGCCAGAGCUGUCUGGCUGACUCUAUGGGAAUGCCAAUAACAUGGCGAUUAGUAUUCCUCGCUGCGUUGACGCAUUGCUGCCUCAUCGACACGGCUGUGGCACAGAGUCUCAACGGUAAUGCGCUGGGCAAUAUAAUCGAGUUUCUGCGACGUGGUCAACACCAAAUGGAUCUGGAGUCGCUCGAUGAACGCAAUCAGCUGCUGCCCGAAUACGAUUUCAUUGUCGUCGGCGCCGGCACCGCUGGCUGUGCUUUGGCUGCCCGCCUGUCCGAGAAUCCCAACUGGAAGGUGCUGCUACUCGAGGCUGGCGGCAGCGAAAGCUACGUCAUGGAUAUCCCAAUAGCAGCACACUUCUUGCAGCUGGGCGAAAUGAAUUGGAAGUAUCGCACCGAGCCCUCGUCCAGCUAUUGCCUGGCCAUGAAGGACAAUCGCUGCAACUGGCCACGUGGCAAGGUCAUGGGUGGCAGCUCGGUGCUCAACUACAUGAUGUACACCCGAGGCAAUCGCCUCGACUACGAUCACUGGGCUGCGCUCGGCAAUCCCGGCUGGAGCUACGAGGAGCUGUUGCCGUACUUUCGCAAAUACGAAGGCUCUCUUGUCCCCGAUGCCGACACCGGACACUCACAUCCCGGUGUCCGGGGACCGGUGAAAAUCUCAUAUAACACAGAUCCGACACGCGUUGCCGAUGCGUUUGUCCGAGCAUCCGAGCAGGCGGGUUUGCCACGUGGCGACUACAACGGUGAGUCCCAGAUGCGUGUCUCCUAUCUGCAGGCGAAUAUCGCGAACGCUACACGCUGGAGCUCCAAUCGCGCCUAUCUCUAUCCCAUCAAAGGCAAACGCACCAAUCUGCACAUCAAAAAAAAAUCACUAGUCACCCGAGUGCUCAUCGAUCCACAGAGCAGGAACGCCUACGGCGUAAUGCUGCUGGCCGAUGGACGCAUGCAGAAGGUGCUGGCCAGAAAGGAAGUCAUCGUCUCGGCGGGCGCCAUCAAUACACCGCAAUUGCUGAUGUUGUCGGGCGUGGGACCUGCCAAGCAUCUGCGCAAAAUGGGCAUCAAACCUCUGGCAGAUCUGGCGGUGGGCUACAAUCUGCAGGAUCAUACGGCGCCAGCUGUGACAUUCACGACGAACACAACAACGCUGACGCUGAACGAUUUGCUCAACACCGAUGCCAUAGGCAAUUUCCUUCGGGGACGAGGUCCCAUCUUGAUACCUGGUGGCGUGGAAGCAAUCUCGUUUUAUGCCUUGGACGAGGCAGAGCGUCAGCGGGGAUGGCCCGACAUGGAGAUAUUUGCCUGUAGCAACAGUUGGCCAAUAAAUCCGGCGCUGCCCUUGGCCUUCGGCAUCAAGCCAAGCAUCUAUGAGACCAUGUUUGGGGAGCUGGAGCGCCGCAAUGGGAACUCAUUCUUGGUGUUCCCCAUGAUACUGCGUGCGAGGAGUCGCGGACGCAUCAAGCUGCAGAGUCGCAAUCCCCAACAGCAUCCCCUGAUCUAUCCCAAUUACUUUCACGAUCCCUACGAUCUCAAUAUCACAAUUCGCGGCCUCAAGCAGUGCAACCACCUCAGCGAGAUGCCCGCCUUUCGAGCCAUCAACGCCCGGUUGUUGGACAAACAGCCGCCAGCGUGUCGUCGACACAAGUGGCUCAGCGACGAGUUUUGGGAGUGUUAUGCCCGACACUUUACUCUAACCAUCUAUCAUUAUUCGGGCACUGCUAAAAUGGGACCACGCUCUGAUCCCAGUGCCGUGGUGGAUGCUCGACUGCGUGUCCAUGGCAUUGGCCAGCUGCGUGUGGUGGAUGCCAGCAUUAUGCCCUAUUUGAUUGCUGGCCAUCCCAAUGGACCGGUAUAUUUGAUAGCCGAGAAGGCGGCCGAUAUGAUCAAACAAGACCACAACUACAACAGCUGAGCGAACAGUGAAUAAAGUAACCACAAGAACGUGAACUUCAACUUCAAUUUCAAUUUCAAUACCCAAGAUUGAUAUCAAGUGAUCUUGUCUCAACUCUGUUGUUUUUAUAUUAUCCCCCCCCCCCCUUUUUGUUGUGGGUUGACAUAUUGUUGCUAAUAAAAAUGAAUUGG